UACAGAACCUCACCUCAUUCUUACAACUGCCCUGAAAGCCAGGCCUGUUUCCCCACUGGGGCUCAGAGAGGUUAGGUCACCUGUCCAAGGUCACACAGCUAGUAGAGAGUAAAGAAGCAAGGGUGGCCCUGUUCUUCCUAGUCAGUGUCCAGCCUGGGUCGCAUUUAGGACGCAGCCACAGAAGCAAAGAAUUGUCAAGCUGGAGCAGGCAGGCACUGGAGAAGUCCAGCUCAUCCACGGGCAAAGCCCAGCAGGACACGGCAGUGAGCGGGAAUCUGUUUGGAGGCGUAGACAAGUCUCUCCGUGCUAUGUGGGGACAACAAUGGAUACCCAGAAGGAUGUGCAACCCCCAAAGCGGCAGCUGAUGAUACGUAUCUGUGGAGAAUGUCCCACAGAAAAUGAAAUAAAAUCCAGGGAUCCAAUCCGAUGCAGAGAAUGCAAAUACAGAAUAAUACACAAGGAAAGGACUAAAAGACUGGUAGUUUCUGACGCUCGAUGA